AUGAGGGCAAAAAAUUAGCUUGCUUGCAUCGAAUACAUGAGUCAAACUAAUAAAGAAAAAGAAUUCUAUAAAAAAUAAUUUAAAAGUUUGAAUUUACUACAAAAAUUUGAAGAAUCAAUUGAAAAAAAACAAAAUACCUAAGAAAUAUUUAAAUUUCCUAUAAUAAAUUAAAAAAAUGUGAUAGAGUAUGUGAUUUUGGAAAAUUCUGAAAAUGGAUAAUAAAUUUAUAUUGAUUCUGAAACAAAAUAUUAUGUUUCCUAUUUUCAAGAAAAUACUGAAAAUAAGUUAACUAUAUCUAUAAUUAAAAAUUAAUAACUAUAUUUAGGUGAAAUCAAUUUACAAGAAAUAGAAAUAAAAAAUGAAAAUUAAAAAAAAAUAAUUUUAGAAGAGAUAGUUAUUUUUUAGGAUAAUCCAAAUUCAUCUUUUCUUUUAGAUAAGUAAAAGUUUUACUAAAUUACUUUAGACAUUAAUAAAAUGAAUUAAUUUAUUGGAACUGUCAUUAUAUAUAAUUUUAAAUAAAAUCAAAAUAAAAUUUAUAAAUUUUCAGAUUAAAAUAAUAAUGAAAUUUAAGGUCAUAUAAAAGGUUUUACAAUUAUUAAACACUCAGAUACAUCAUUCUCACUAUUAAGUGGAUGUAUGGAUGGAGAACUUUAUUAAUAAAUAGGUGUAAAAUUAGAUCUUGUUGAAUAGAAUUCACUUAAAAUUAAUUAAUAUUAGAAAUAAAACAACAAAUUACCUAAAGGUUAUGAUUAUCCUUUAAUUGUAAAAUUUGAACCUAAUAAUGAAUAAAGAAAUAAUUCAAAUAAAUAUUUAUAUUUUGAAUCAUAAACAAAAUAUUAGGCUCAACCUUUCUCACCAGAAAUACAUUAAAUAAACUUUUCACAUAAUUAAUAAAAUAUAUCUUGCAAAAGUGAAAUACUUACAAAUAUUACUAAUAUUCAACUAUUUUAAAAAUAUUCAAAACUUUUUAGAUCUGAUAAAAUAAAUUUAAAAUAUCAGAAAUGUACAUCUAAUAUAAUUGUAAUUGAUUUAGUAGUUUUUGAGAAAUCAUUUGAAAGAAAUAAUUUAAAAGAUUUUAAUGAUAAUAAUAAAGAUAUUGUGCUGUCGAAAUAACCAUUAUAGAAUUAUUUGCAUUUUUAAUGUUGUUAUUAUAUAAAAUCUUUCUAAACUUAAUUAAAGUUUAAUUUAAAUAUCAAUUCAAUCCUUUUAAAAUCUAAUAAUGACACUUUAAAUUAAAAAUGUCUAUAUAACAAUGUAAAAUAAUAUUUAUUAUUUUUAGUGGCUUGAAGAUUAAAAUUUUUAGCAUAUCUUUUUAUUUAAUAAAUCAUAGCAUAUUUAUUUAUUAUAUUAUUUAAAAGAUAAGUCAGGAUAAUAUUUUAAAAAGAAGUUUACAUUUUAUUGCGAUGAAAAUCCAAAAGAUUUUAUUCCUUAUGAUGAAAUUAUGAUAAAUGAUUAUUAUAAUAAUGUAAUAUGGAUUGUAAGAUAAUAUUAUGAUAGAAAUUAUCCAUAUCUAGUCAUUUAUAACUGGUAAUACAUAUAGUAAAUAAUUUAGUCAUUGGAUGAGACUUUAAGGUAUCAAAGAUGAUGAUGUAAAUAUAUUGGUAAAAGUAAAGAUAGAUAAAAUUUUUGAAUUAAAUAUAAACUCACAAUAAUUCAAUUUAAUUGGUCUUGAAGUACGAAAAACCGAUAAUGUAAUAUAUAUAAUUAAAAUUAAGAUGCUCUUAAUUUGCUCCUCAACAUUUAUUUGCCAAAUUCCAAUUUAAAAAAUCAGAAAUUACAAUUGCAAUUAAUAAAACAUAUAAAAAUAGAUGAUUGAUGAAAAAUCUUUAUAUUAAAUCUUUUAUACUUAAUUACCUAUUUGUCAUAACUCUCAAACCAUUCUAUUGAAUUUGAAUGAUACUACAAUAGCUUUUUUUUAUUAAUAUUGCACGAUUAAUUGUUUAGAUGAAAAGUAAACCUUUUAUCAAAUUGAAAUAAAAGCUUAGAUAUGGUCUUAAAAAAAAUAAUUAGAUCCAAAUAUAGAAAACUAUUUGAUUUUAAGUAAUAGUAAUGACAAUAUGAAUUAUUAUAAUUAAAAUGAGAUCCAAGAUGAUAAAGUUUUAAUUAAAUAAUCAUUUAAUUAUGAAGCAAAAAAUACUUUAAUUCUAGCAAAAUUAAUUUCAAUAGAAUUUAAAGGUUAAUUUUUCCAAUAUUGGAUUUUUUUUGAGUAAGAGUUUAGCCAAUUUUAAGUUAUAGAAUAUUAUUUUACUUCGAAAUGUAAUUCAAUUAUUAAAAAGAGAAUUAUAAAUCUGUAAUAAUCAUAAGGUACAAUUCAAUUCUUAAAGAGUAUGUCUACAAAUAAAUACGAAACACUAAUUUUGUAUGAAAAUUCAACUUAAUUGAUUCAAUCAGAAUGUAACCAAGAUAUAUUUUUAAAUGAGGAAACAGAAUAAGACCUAGGAUAAUAGAAAGUUCACAAUUAUUUGGAUAAGUAAGAGUAUUUAUUAAAUUGA